AUGGAGAGUCCCGGGGCCUACCCAGAGUCUCCGAUCGAGGACGAGGUCGUAUAUCCGUGCAAGGGAUGCGGAGAGAUCCUCGAGGAAGGCAAGGCCUUUGAACUCGCUGGAAACCGAUGGCACAUCGACUGCUUCCGCUGCAACACGUGCGGCACCCUCCUCGACUCGGACGCGAACCUGCUGCUGCUCGGCGACGGCUCGCUGAUAUGCAACAACUGCACAUAUAGCUGCAACCAUUGCGGCAAUAAAAUCGAGGAUCUGGCCAUCUUGACCGGCGACCAGGCCUUCUGUGCCAACUGCUUCAGGUGCCGGAAUUGCAAGCGCAAGAUCGAGAACCUGCGCUAUGCCCGCACUUCGCAGGGUAUCUUCUGUAUGUCAUGUCAUGAGUCGCUCAUGGCUCGACGGCGCAAGAAAUCGAAAAAGCCACCCUCAGUGGCUCCCAAGGUCGACAAGUCCCUGCCUGCUCUUCCUCCCCAGGAGCAGACGACAUCCACCUUCACCCCGGACCUGGACACGCCAUCCGAUGUCUUCUCGGAACCCACCACCACCGAUGUAUCUCCCAGACCUCCCCAGCCACGACGGGGCGAUUCAUCUUCCAACUUCAGGCGAGACGCCUCACCAAUUGGCGAUGCUUCAAGAAGAGACAACACGACGCUUCCUGCGACAACAUACAACAAAGACAGCACCCGCUCGGAGCUGGUAGACAACGGCGACGACGGCAUACUCCUCCCCUUCGCUCUCGACCCUAACCCUGCCCCAGGCCCGUCACCGCUUGGCCGACCCAUUAGCCGAUUCAACGACCAAACAAUAGGAGCUAAGCCCUCUGGAAAUGGCGCCAGCAAGAAUGUGCGCGAUUACUUCAACAGGCCUACUGGCGAUCAUCGCGAGAAGUUGAAGGAAAACAGCUCCCGAGAAGCCUCCAAGGAGAGGCGCCAAACACAAACUACUCAGAGCCCGCACAUUGCUUUCCAGGAGAAAGGAAGGCAGCCUUCAGAUACCCUAGUCGAGACGCUGAGGAAGAAGAAGGACGUUUCCAACGAGUCUCCUUCAGCUGAGCCUCGAUCAAGAAGUCAGCACGCUUCUCCCGCUCCUUCAGCUGCGGAACCCUUUAAAUUACAGGAUGUUCCCAAGAAUAAGAAGGCCGAGGCCAAACGCAAGGACUCUGACGAGACACCAUCACCACAGGUCCAAGAACGACAGCAAUUGCCCACCUCUUCCAAGAACGACACCAUGUCUGCGCGGCUGAGCCGUCCGCUGAUCGAGCCUACAUUCACAUCCUCUCCACCGCUUGGCUCGCAGGACUCACCGCAAACUUCAGAAUCGUCUUUCGGCUCCAAUCUUGUAGCCGAACGACCUGCGCGUGGCGAUUCGCUCAAGUCUUCGGCCCUUAAGUCUUCAGCUCCCAUCUCGCGAAACGAGAGACGCAGCCCAUCACCUACCACGCCUACUCUCAGCCACCCCGAACGAACAUCAUCCACGAAUACCGCAAGUGCGAACCUCAACGCGGGGCUUGGCAUACUGAGUCCUGCGGAUUCGGCAUCCUCCAAAACUCCUUCAGACCCUCCUGCUCUACCCGCACGUUCAGGUGGACGUCCUGCUCAACCUUCGACCGACACAUUCACAUCUCCACGCGCACCACCGCAACCGCCUGCCAUACAGCACCACAGGACAAGUGAGUCUAUCAGUAGUGCUCAAAGUGAAGCUUCUCGAGAUGCAUACGGGGCUGGUGGCCUUCCCCGGUAUAGCCACCAAGGCGAUUUCUCCAUGGACGAGGACUUUGCGCGCUUGCUUGGAAGCCAGGAUGGUAGAGAUGAUAAAGAGACGGGAGUCUUUAGGAGGGUUUCGAAUGCUGUCUCUAAGCAUGGGCGCAGUUUCAGUGAUCGUGGUUCCGUCACAUCGCGAGGUCACAAGAAAUGGCCCACAAACGGCUCGAUCGACAUUAGUAGCCCCACGGUUGCUUCACCCGACACCAAAGAGGAAGGCGUCAAUCUACGAAACGAGCUGCGCCGCGCUCAGCAGCGGAUCGCAGAGCUCGAGGCUGAAAAGAAUGGACUACAAGAAUCGAUGCACAGCGCAGCCGACAUUAAACAAGCGAAUACGGUUUUGAGAGAAAAGCGAAACACAAUGGCUGUUUUGGAUACGCAACGCGAGAUGGUGAUUCGCGAGCUAGAAAUCAUGACUGAACACCUCAAGAAAGCUAAGAGCAGUCAGGGCAAUGUUGAAAUUGGCCAACUCAAAUCGGACAUUCUAAAAGAGUUUGCAGGCUCAUUGCAGAAGCUCAAAGACAACCUGGGAAACCAAAUAGAAGACCUCAUCACGAAAAGGUCGGAUUUGACAGAGGAGAUCUCGAACCUCAUUCAGAUGAAAGACAAGGGUUUCCAGGAGUACGAAUCUCUCACAGCCGCUAAUACCAGACUCUCUGCCAUGAAUAGGGAUUUGGUAGACAACAUACAGACGAACCUCAAGAACAACAAGAAGCCUGGACAGAAUCUUGACGUGGCUGCCAAUGGGUUAGGCAUAUACAACGCACAGCAGAAGGGUGGCAAGUCAGAGGUAUCCGUUGAUGCACAGCCAAUACCCCAUGAGCAUUCUUAUGCCAAUCUCCAUGAUCAUGACACUGAAGCAACCGUCGCCCAGCCGCAGGUGGUCAACAUUAGGAAGACUGGGAAACCCACCAAGUUCUCAACAUGGAAGAAGGGCGGUCAAGCCAUCACGAAGAACGUCACGAAGGGCUUCAAGGGAGCGUUCGGUUCAGAGCAGAAGCAGGAGGACUACAACGUCAAGGUCAUUGGCACCCCUUACGGCUCCGUGCACUCCGGGCCUGAUAUUGCAUCCAUGUCCAGUUCCAUCAAGAGCCGGGAUACCAUGGAUCAAGGGACUCCGCGAGGCUGGUUUGGUGGUAAGCCCGGGAACGUUAGACCCGGCGGACCGCCUCAAGCUGGCUUCAGGCCUAUGCAGAACAACAACACCAGUACCGCUAACCUGGCUGCUGCUGACGCCAGUACCGUACUCUUCGGAUCUGACCUGACUGCACGAUGUGAGUUCGAACGGCAGAUGAUUCCACGCAUCGUGAGCCGAUGCAUUGAAGAGGUGGAACUCCGAGGCAUGGAUGUGGAAGGCAUCUAUCGUAAGAGCGGAGGUACAUCUCAAGUGAACCAAGUCCGUAGUGGUUUCGAGACUGACACGGAGCACGACAUCUCGGACCCUGAUUUGGACAUACACUCUGUCACUUCUGCGCUGAAGAACUACUUCCGCAGGCUUCCUGUGCCGUUGAUCACAUACGACGUUUAUGAUCAGUUCCUGGAAGCUGGCCAACUUGAGGAACCGAAUGCCCAGGCUAGGGCUUUAUCUGCCGCUGUGAACGAAAUCCCCAAGGCUCACCGUGACACACUCCAGUUUCUCGUGUUCCAUCUGUCGCGGGUCAUACAACAUGCUAGCGAUAAUUUGAUGACACCACUCAAUGUCGCCGUCGUCUUCGCACCAACCAUCAUGCGGCCCAUGGACAUUCAGCGCGAACUCACCGAUGUGCAACAGCAGCGUGUCGCCGUACAGGCGCUACUAGAAAACUACAAGACAGUGUUUGGUGAUGAAUGA